CUUUGGGGUAGGACCCACUGCCACCUCGGCACCCACAGCAGGGCCUGGGUUCCCUGGGCACGCCAAGUAGGGACAGCAAGCCAGGUCCAGCUAAGAGGAGACUGCAUGUCAGAGAGGUCCUUGCAGGAAGUCCUUCCAGCCCAGCCGUCCUGCCUGGAAAGUUCGUCCCAUCCGCAGAUGUUCCUGAGGUACCCUCCCCCAUUGGACUGCCUGAUAGUGGAGAGCCCCCUUCCAGCGCCCCUCACCGAGGAACCCAGGGAGCCCUGGUCCAUCUCUGCAGUGCAGCUUGCUCACCUGAAGAUGAGGCUGUGUUAGAAAGCACCGUGUCCUGAAAAGAUUGAACUCUGUCUAUAUCAUCUCCUGCAUGUCCAGCUGUCCUGAACUAUCCCAAGGUAGGUGACAGUGUGUCACGCUGCCACCAUGAAUGAGGUGUCUGUCAUCAAAGAAGGCUGGCUCCACAAGCGCGGGGAGUACAUCAAGACCUGGAGGCCCCGAUAUUUCCUGCUGAAGAGUGAUGGCUCCUUCAUCGGGUAUAAGGAGAGGCCUGAGGCUCCUGACCAGACUUUACCUCCCUUAAACAACUUCUCUGUAGCAGAAUGCCAGCUGAUGAAGACGGAGAGGCCGCGGCCUAACACCUUUGUCAUACGCUGUCUGCAGUGGACCACGGUCAUUGAGAGGACCUUCCAUGUGGACUCUCCAGAUGAGAGGGAGGAGUGGAUGCGGGCCAUCCAGAUGGUUGCCAACAGCCUUAAGCAGCGAGUUCCUGGUGAGGAUCCCAUGGACUACAAGUGUGGCUCCCCAAGUGACUCUUCCACGACUGAGGAGAUGGAAGUGGCAGUCAGCAAGGCACGAGCCAAAGUGACCAUGAAUGACUUUGAUUAUCUCAAACUCCUCGGCAAAGGCACCUUUGGCAAAGUCAUUCUAGUGCGGGAGAAGGCCACUGGCCGCUACUAUGCCAUGAAGAUCCUGCGGAAGGAAGUCAUCAUUGCCAAGGAUGAAGUCGCUCACACAGUCACGGAGAGUCGGGUCCUCCAGAAUACCAGACACCCUUUCCUCACAGCACUGAAGUACGCCUUCCAGACCAACGACCGCCUGUGCUUUGUGAUGGAGUAUGCGAACGGCGGGGAGCUCUUCUUCCACCUGUCCCGGGAGCGAGUCUUCACAGAGGAUCGGGCACGGUUUUACGGUGCAGAGAUCGUCUCGGCUCUCGAGUACCUACACUCACGGGACGUGGUGUACCGAGACAUCAAGCUGGAGAACCUCAUGCUGGACAAAGAUGGCCACAUCAAGAUCACUGACUUCGGCCUGUGCAAAGAGGGCAUCAGUGAUGGGGCCACCAUGAAAACCUUCUGUGGGACCCCGGAGUACCUGGCGCCUGAGGUGCUGGAGGACAACGACUAUGGCCGUGCAGUGGACUGGUGGGGGCUGGGUGUGGUCAUGUAUGAGAUGAUGUGCGGCCGCCUACCCUUCUACAACCAGGACCACGAGCGCCUCUUCGAGCUCAUCCUCAUGGAGGAGAUCCGCUUCCCGCGCACGCUGGGCCCCGAGGCCAAGUCCCUGCUGGCCGGGCUGCUGAAGAAGGACCCCAAACAGAGGCUUGGUGGGGGGCCUGGCGACGCCAAGGAGGUCAUGGAGCACGGGUUCUUCCUCAGCAUCAGCUGGCAGGAUGUGGUGCAAAAGAAGCUGCAGCCACCCUUCAAGCCUCAGGUCACUUCUGAGGUUGACACGAGGUACUUCGAUGACGAAUUCACUGCCCAGUCCAUCACAAUCACACCCCCAGACCGCUAUGACAGCCUGGGCUCACUGGAGCUGGACCAGCGGACGCACUUCCCCCAGUUCUCCUACUCGGCCAGCAUUCGAGAGUGAGCAGCUGCCACCACCAGAGGACGCACCCAUGGUCGCCGUCCACCGCCUGGGUGGAUUUUUUAAGAAAAACUUUUUAUUUUGCCUUUUUGGUUUGUGUUCCCAUCCUUAUUUCCCUCCCGGUUUCCGAUCUCUUCCUUCAGUCCUUGUCUGCCCCGCAGCGUUCCCGCAGCCUGCCUUCACCACCAGCCUCCCAUUUGUGCCCAGACCAGUGCUGGAGGACUGUCCACCUCCCACCCCAAGAUGGGCUGUUGGGAGGAUGGAGUGAGUCCAGUUUUUAAUCAACACCAGCCCCGGUGAGGGCAAAGCGUGGAGCUGCAGGGCUGGCUUGGAUUUCAGCCCAAACACUCAUGGGCGGCUGCCUUCGCUGCUGCUUCUAGAUGGAGGCUGCUUCUGGGAUGCCCCAGUAGACUGCUGAUGGCCUUCUGUGCCUGUGGCUUGGCUCAAAGGCCUCAGUCCACCCAGUGCCACCCCACUGGGGACAAAAAAGCAAUAAUGUCAAGGGACAGGCAGAAGGUCUUUGGAAGCUAUGGGACCAGGGGCUUUGGUCUCCUUGGACCUAUGAUGUAGGGAACCAGGAAGGGGACGUGCCCUCCCUGUCCCCCCAGCUGCUCUCCUGACCUGUGGGUACAGCAGGAGGAACUUUUGGGGGCAGCCUGCCUACCCUGCCCACAGCCCCGUGCCUUACCAGGGCUUCCUUCCAACAGGCCUUACCUCCCACUGGACCCUGAACCUGGCCCGGCCCCUUGGAGGGUGGAGCUAGGGUCGCCUCUUCUUUCUGCCUGGGGAAGGGGGACGCCAGCCACAGCUGUUACACAUCCCUCUCAGAGACAGUAUUGGGCCCAGUGGACUCGGGUCAAGGAGGAAGUGGGGUGGGUGUCUGGUACAUACUGGCGUACAGUAGCCUCUGCAAACAGGGUUUCAGCCCCCUCCCCGCCCCCAUCUCCAGGGCCCACUUUCUGAAGCCUUAAGGUGAACAUGAGCGAGAGCCUGUGUCCAUACUGUGGACUACGUUGUGGUGCAGACGUGCAUGGCUGUGUGUGCACAUGUGUAAGGGUGGUGUGUCCAAGCCCUCGAGUGCGCGUGGUGUGUGUUGGCUCGGGCCCCACCCCGGCCUGAGCGCUUCAUCCUGUGGGGGAAGUGGGCGCGUUGCUGCCCGUCCCCUCCCCUUCCCCUCAAUGUCCUGGGGUGUUUUGAAUUCAGUUUUCAUGAUCUUGAUCUCCCUGCCCCACCUCCCGUACUAGGCAGUUCUCAGAAAGGCAUGUGGGGGGUAGAGGGCUUGGUCAGGGUCUUUUCUGUGUGUGUAUGUGGUUUAUCUGACAACUCUUCCCACUCCCCACUGGCCUUAUUCCCUGUAUUUGUACGGUACAAGCAAUAAAGACACUCAUUUCAGAAUGGGGCCAGCCUGCACUUAUGCCGGCCACUGCCUGCCUGGCCUUGCCAUGGUUCUGGAGUCUACUCUGGGCACCGUCCCACCUCUCCCUUGCUCUGUUCUUUGGGCCCUGCUGAGCCAAGGGGAGGAAGUAGGGGAGGUGGGCAGGUGGGUGCUGAGCCUAAGCUGAAGAGGGUGGAGGUCUUGAGGGAAACAGCUGGAAAUUUGGGAAGGGUCCUCUGGCCUAGGGCAGGGUGUGGCAGACAAGAGACCAUUCCAGGGUCUCAAAUGCUGCUCAGGCUGGCGGAGCAGGUGGAGUGGUGGGAGGGUUGGGUGGCCCCAAACAAGGAGGGUGAGCCCUGGAGCUGAGCGGAAGAGCCCUAGAGUGGGGCUUUACUUCACAGCCCCUUCCACACCGGUGCCUUGAGGCCCUAGGAUCUGUGGUGUGUUAAUGGUAUUUGUGGUUGCCAUCAGCCAGGAGCACCUGAGCCUUUGGUUAUGGCUGCUUCUAGCUCUGGGGGGUCACUCCUCUGGCUACUGCGUCCCUUUAGCUGGAGCUGGGACUGCUAUCCUUAGGUCUCCGUCUGCACGCCUGAGUUACUGAGCCAAGCCACCUGGCUGCAGCAGGGAUCAUGUCAUGCAGAGGGCGGCACAGAUGAAUCCAUGUCAGGUCUUGUGGGGGCACGAGGUUUUCAGUGAGGACCAUGGGAAAGUUGAGUCCAUGUUGGGAUCUGCCACAGCCACGGUGCAGAGUGCUGGUGUGCUGCUGUUGGUGGGGGCUUUUCUGACUAUGUGUGGACCUUAUUGUCUUUAAUUGCAAACCAGGUAUGUGUGCAGGGUGCUUGUAAGGUUCACAAAGGCCUGUAAAGAAACGCCCUUUGCUCUUCCCUCCAGUCCUGGCCACGCAGUGAAGGAUGUGGACAGUUUGUUCUCCCGGCACAGCGUGGCUCACUGAGGUCUCCCAGUGUGGGCACAUUCCUGUCUACCUCAUGCUUUUAGUCCUCCUCUCAAGCUGCAUGGGCAGGUCCCACACUGGUCACCUGCUUCUCUUAGUGGGACGUGUAUCCUUAGAUGUAUUGGUGCUUCUUAGCUCAAGGUGAACAGUUUUAAUAAAUUUUACAAAUUUGA